AUGUGUUUGCAAAACAAUCAAAUUGUAAUUCAGUUUUUGAGCGAUGUUUCCUUCAACGUAGCAUCCGUUGAUGGUAUUCUAGCGCGGCGAAAGGCAGGAUGGAAAAUGUAUGCGUACUCCUUUGACCAUUACAAUGAUGCUAUAUGGAACUCGACUGUGCCGAAAAGAUUGCGAGGCUCACCACAUGUCAAUGAGUACCCUUAUAUUUUUGGUUUAUACGUUUUCGGCAAUUUUGAGAUGGAUGAGAAAGAGCGAAUUGUAGCUGAUGUGAUUCAGCAGUCAUUUAUUAAUUUUGUGAAGACUGGGUGAGU